AUGGAAGAUGUAGUGGUGGAGCUUGUAUUUUGGUCGCUUCAAACUAUUUCAAGCUUGGAUUUGACUUUAUCUUCUCCCUUAACUUCUAAAGUAAAAGGAGGCUUGGGAGAAGUGAUACUAAGUGCAAAAGAUGAUAUUGAUAUUGAUGCCCUUGCUGCUGAGAUAGAGGGUGCAGGAGCGGCAAAGGAGCAAGAGCCUCAGAAAUCUAAAGGCAAAAAGAAAAAAGAGAAGAAGAAACAGGAUUUUGAUGAAGAUGAUAUCCUGAAGGAGCUGGAAGAACUGUCAAUAGAGGCACAAGGAGGGAAAGUUGACAGGGAACCUUCUACAGGAAAGGUUGAAAAUGACAAUGAAGAAAGCUUAUCAAAACAAGACAAAAAAAGGAAAGGAAAGAGUAAAAAAGCCAAUCUGGAAAACGACUAUGACAGUGAAGAAGUGGAAGAUAAAGAUAAAAAAUCUAAAAAAGCUCAGAAAUCAAAACAAGACAUGCUUUCUGGCAGUGAUGAUGAUGAUCAUGAAAUACAGCUUAAGAAAAGCAAAGGGAAAACUCAGAAGUCAAAUAAAAAGCAUGACCUGUCAGAAGAAGAUGAAACUAACAUUAAGAAAAGCAAAGACCGUGCAGGGGCAAUGUCUACAGGUGAGAGUGGUGAUGAAUCAGAUGAUGUCUCCCAGUCUAGAAAAGGACAAAAGAAAAACCAGAAACUGAAGUCUACUCCUGCUGCAGAAAGUGGGGACGAUGAUGAUGAACCUUCAUUCAAAGUAAAAACAGUGGCUCAGAAGAAGGCAGAAAAAAAAGAACGUGAAAGGAAAAAACGUGAGGAAGAAAAAGCCAAACUGAGGAAGCAGAAAGAGAAGGAAGAGCUGGAAGGUGGUAAAGAACCAGCCAAGCUGAAGGAAGCUCAAAAAAAGGCUGAAGAGAAAGCUUCUGAAGUCGUGGCAACCCCUGGCGAGACUCCUGCAGCAACAGAGGGUGAUGACAAUGAGGGGGACAAAAAGAAGAAAGACAAGAAAAAGAAGAAAGGGGAGAAAGAAGAAAAAGAGAAAGAGAAGAAAAAGGGUCCCAGUAAAGCCACGGUUAAAGCUAUGCAGGAAGCCUUAGCUAAAAUGAAAGAGGAGGAGGAAAGGGCAAAAAGGGAGGAGGAAGAACGCAUAAGACGACUGGAGGAGCUAGAAGCAAAACGCAAAGAGGAGGAACGAUUAGAGCAAGAGAGGAAAGAAAGGAAGAAACAGAAGGAAAAAGAGAGGAAGGAGCGAUUGAAGAAAGAGGGAAAACUUUUAACAAAAGCUCAACGAGAAGCCAGAGCCAGAGCAGAGGCUACUCUUAAACUACUUCAAGCUCAGGGUGUUGAAGUGCCAUCCAAAGACUCUGUGCCAAAGAAGAGGCCAAUAUAUGAAGACAAAAAGAAAAAGAAGCAGCAGCAGCCAGAAAAUAAAGAAGUUUGCUUUCUGGCAAUUUCAGAAAUCGUGGAGGUGACUUCCCCAGCUGAAGAUGCUGUAGAACUGGAAACACCAGUAAAAGAAGAGGCACCUCUUCCAGUAGAGCCAG